CAUUAUCAAAAGAUAAGCCAAUUUAAUAGUACGUGGGAGCAGGAUAUGUUAAUAUGUGUAACAAUCUGCGUGCCUCGUGAGCACGAAACAGGCAGUGUGAUUGGCUGCGGGGACAGGAGCGCCUUCACCUGCCAGGUGAGGCGGAGGAGAGGGGCAGGGAGAGAAAAAGAAGCGGGGCGAGAAAAGUCGACUUACCUGUAGCUCAACUUCUGGCAGCUCGCUCACUCUAUUACCUGCUCCGACUUGAAAGUCCAGUUUCACAAGGAAGAACCGGAGAGGAAGUCAAAUAUGUCACAGGAGACAGACAAUAAGCGUCUGGUGGUGGUCGUCCCAAACGAGAGCUCCUACCCCGCGGUACGGCGAGCGUACACGAGCGAGGACGAGGCAUGGAGGUCGUACCUGGAGAACCCGCUCACAGCUGCCACCAAGGCCAUGAUGAGCAUCAACGGGGACGAGGACAGCGCCAACGCCCUCGGCCUGCUCUACGACUACUACAAGGUACCUAAAGAGAAGAGGCUUCUGCCUGUUCCCAAAGUGUCUGAAAUGACAGAGGAGCAGGAGAAACGGUCUAUUCUUCUGAGCAGCCAAAGCGAGCCGGAGAACGUGGAAAACCGAGUCCAGGUCCUAAAAUCUGUCCCCGUCAACCUGUCGCUGAACACGGAGCACCAGGAGAACAAACGGGAUCAGUUCAGUAGCUCCACCGGGGCGGCCGGAGCUGUGGCGACAUCAGGAGACGGAGGCUCACCGGCUCUGGCCGUGGUGAAGGCUGAGAUGUACGCGCCCGUCUUCAUGACGGGGGCGGGGCUUCACUACAGGGUGGAGGGAGAAGAGUCGGCGAGGGUGAUCUACGAGCAGGGUUCUUAUGAGGUGACCACCCUCGGCCACAACUCAUACGCGAAGGAAGACCAGCAGAGUCCACCUGACAGCCCGUACGAAGAGGAGAGAGACGUGCGUUCUCAACAGAAGUAUCACACACCUUCCUCUCUAGCUACAGAGGACUUCAUAUUUCACCAGGAGGGAGUUGACAGCUUCCAGUACACACUCGAUGCCUCUCGCUCUCUGCGUCAGAAGCAGGGCGAGGGACCAAUGACCUACCUGAACAAAGGCCAGUUCUACGCUGUGACUCUGAACGAGCUCAGUGCCAACAAACGCCUCCGUCACCCCAUCAGCAAAGUCCGGAGUGUCAUCAUGGUGGUGUUCAGUGAAGACAAGAACCGAGACGAGCAGCUCAAAUACUGGAAGUACUGGCACUCUCGACAGCACACGGCCAAACAGAGAGUCUUAGACAUCGCUGAUUACAAGGAGAGCUUCAACACAAUCGGAAACAUCGAAGAAAUCGCCUACAACGCCAUCUCCUUCACCUGGGACGUGAAUGAAGAGGCCAAGAUCUUCAUCACAGUGAACUGUCUGAGCACGGACUUCUCCUCUCAGAAGGGGGUGAAAGGUCUUCCUCUGAUGAUCCAGAUCGACACGUACAGCUACAACAACCGCAGCAACAAGCCACUGCACAGAGCCUACUCAGAGAUCAAGGUCUUCUGUGACAAGGGUGCCGAGAGGAAAAUAAGGGAUGAAGAAAGAAAACUGUUUCGCAAGAAGUCAAAAGGAAAAGAUGGAGGUGUAGGUGUGAUAACUGCUCCCAAAAGGUCUGACACCACUUAUUUCAAGACCAUGACCGACCUGGAGGCUCAGCCCGUUCUCUUCAUCCCUGAUGUUCACUUUGGUAACCUGCAGAGAGCCGGACAGGUCUUUACCUUCAACACAGAGGAGAUCGAGAGAGAAGGGAGCGUGCUGGUGAAGAGGAUGUUCAGGCCGUCAGAUGAAGAUUUGUGUCCAACACCUCACAAACAGAUCAAAGAGGAGACACACAAGAGAGUGCUGCUGUAUGUAAGAAAGGAGACAGACGAGGUGUUCGACGCUCUGAUGCUGAAGUCUCCCACGCUCAGAGGCCUGAUGGAUGCUAUAUCAGAGAAGUACGGUGUGCCCUCAGAGAGGAUAGCCAAAGUGUACAAGAAAAGUAAAAAGGGGAUCCUGGUGAACAUGGACGACAACAUCAUAGAGCAUUACUCCAACGAGGACACUUUCAUCCUCAACAUCGAGAGCUAUGCGGACACCUACAAGAUCACGCUGACGGAGAUCUGACAGCUCCUCAGCCGACCUGAAGAGACUGCGGGGUUGACGCAAAAAAGAGAGAAGCUGUGACUGCUGGUUGGCUGAAAUCUACAAGGCUGCUAAGGGAUUGGCUGAUAAGCUGACUGACAGUAUUGAAGACAGUCUGAUGGGGCACAAUGGCGGCUCCCACACUGAACCCUCUCUGACACUGUAACUCGACGAAGAAAGUCGUAUUGUCAGUGCGGGAGGACACUGCAAAUAAAAAAAUGGACGUUGUAGAAAUUCUCUUGGAUCUAACUGGAUCUAUUUGCUUCCUUGUUGUUGCCAUCCCCUCUCUUGUGAGGUGACAUCAUGGAAUACAGAACCACAUACUCCUCUUUUCUGCAAUAUUUUGUAUUGUAUAAAAGAAUUUGUACUUUUAUCCUCAGUCUGUACAGUCCUCAGUCUUUGCCAAAUAACACAUCAGGUGUAGCCUCAUGAAAUACCUGAUGUAUUGUAUGUAGCUUGAAUUAGUCGGUCCUAAACGACAUAGCAGCAUCCCUGCAUGCAAGUCUUUGUUUUUGUUAGUUGUGUUAUUAUUUAUUAUUAAUAUCAUUGUUUUGAAUUACUUUAAUGAUGUAUCCAAGGAUUUCAAGUACUUUAUAUUUCAGUGAUUUCUUAUCAAAGUCACCCUCUUUAAGUUUUUAAAUGCUCCAUUUCUCAGCCGUUUUGUACCAUUAACAUUUCAUCCUAUAGCUAUAAGUGUUUAUUUUAGGAACACACAUGAGAUGGUAAAUACUGUAAAGAACUUCCGAGGGGUGACACAUGGCACUUGAUUGUCUUGUAGCUCUCGUGUGCUUGACUGUUGAAAAAGGGA